AUGGACGAUUCUGAACUGGAAAGCCUUCGCUCAAAGAGGAUGGCCCAGAUGCAGUCAGAACUCGGUGGAUCUCAAGGCGAUAAUCCUGAAAAGCAAAAACAAGCAGAACAACAACGUCAGGCGGUUGAAGACAUGAAACACUCAAUACUCACCCAAGUAUUAAACCAAGCUGCUCGAGCAAGACUGAACACUUUGAUGAUUGGUAAACCGGAAAAAGGACGUAUGGUAGAAAACAUGUUACUCAGGAUGGCACAAUCUGGACAGAUUGUUAAUAAAUUGGGAGAAGAUGAACUGAUCGGUUUGUUAGAACAAGUCAACAGUCAAAUGCAGUCACAAGAACGCAAAACUACAGUGAAGUUUGAUCGAAGGAGAGCUGCUCUUGAUGAUUCUGAUUCUGAUUACUAA